GUAUGUUAAGAACCUGAAAAUGAGUAAUUUAUUGGACGUGAUUUCGCUACUGUUGACUGUGAGCUUCUGCAAGACAGCAUGGAUUGACGAGCCAUGUAGAAACAGCGCUACACCCCAGUGCCCCGCUGGGUACGACGAGCCACCUCUUCUCAUUGUUUCCUUAGACGGAUUCAGAGCAGAGUAUUUACUUCGCAAUCUUACCCCCACUCUCCAGAGAUUUACCGAAUGUGGAUCUCAUUCUAAAUACAUGCGUGCAGUCUACCCAACCAAGACUUUUGUUAAUCAUUACUCCAUCAUAUCUGGUCUCUACCCAGAAGACCACGGUCUGAUAGAUCAGAAUAUGUACGACAUGGAAAUGAGGGCGCAGUUCCGGUUUACUACCGAUUCAAAGAACGAUCCAAGAUGGUGGCAAGGAGAGCCAUUUUGGAACACUGUGAUGAGGCAAGGCAAGAGAGCAAAUGCGAUGUUUUGGCCUGGGUCCGAUGUGGAAAUCCAAGGAAUGAGGCCCAAUGUCUGGUUUCCAUAUGAUGGAUCAUUUCCGUAUACCGAGAGGGUGGAGACAGUAUUAGGAUGGAUUGACGAACCUGUAGGGACGAGGCCAGACUUCAUGACCCUGUAUUUUGAGGAGCCUGAUAGUUCUGGUCAUAGCGUUGGGCCAAACGAACAAGAGGUCCUUGAUGCUCUUAUCAUUAUUGACGAAAUGAUAGGCCUGAUUAUGGACGGACUUCAAGACAGGGGACUGGCAAAUUGCAUCAACAUCAUUAUCACAGCCGAUCAUGGAAUGGGCCAGUUGGGUUGUGAUCAAGUAGUUUACAUGCGUGACUAUAUUUUCAUGAACGACUACUAUAUAUAUACUGGGCCCAAUGGUCGGAUGAGCAGCCGAUAUGUUUAUCGAAACGGAAGAAUUGAGCAUGUUCCCGACGGAGAAGGGCCCACUCCGAAUGAAACAAUUGCCCAACUUAAUUGCGUCAACGACCAUAUGGAUGUUUUUAAAAAAGAGGAUUUCCCAAAGCGACACCAUUAUGCUAAACAUAAUCGUAUAGAAGAGGUUUUAAACGAUAUUGACGAUGGAUGGUUUCUUACAAGGUACAACGCACCACUGGGAUGUUUAGGUGGGAGCCAUGGCUAUGAUGAAACAUUUACCAGCAUGCAUGCAAUCUUUCUGGCACAUGGGCCUGGAAUAAAGAGUGGAGUGGAGAUAGACGCCUUUGACAAUAUUGAGGUGUACAAUAUGAUGGCUGGUUUAUUGGGGGUAACUCCUUCUUUAAACAAUGGGACAUCCGGAACACUUAACCAAAUGUUGGAGCAACCCCUUGGCAUUUUAUCAACACCAUCCAUUCCUUAUGCUACAUGCCCAUAUCCGGAUGAGCAGGAAUAUAGCUACAGAAUUUCUAACUCUGACUGUGUCUGCGAAGCAAUAGAGGGUUAUACAAACAAGACAAUAGUUGAAUUGGAUGAGCAGCUCAUACUCGGUGAAACAGAAAUAACGUCGUCCCAAACACGUCACGCACCCUAUGGACAGCCGUUGUUAGUAGACAACAAGGGGGUUGCAGCUUGUGUGUUAACUCAACGUGAUUACAUCCAUUCGUUCACGCAGAGAAUCCAUAUGCCCCUUUGGUCAUCAGUGCAAGUAACAUCAUCGAUGAAUGGACGUCCAAUAGAUGACGACACUGCGUGUAUUAGGCAAGACGCAAGGCUAACAUUAGAUGGCGCUGCACGGUGUGCCGAAUAUUCGGAUAUAUUUCAAGACGAGAUAGAUCGUGCACUACUAUUCACUCCAAGCUUUUUGGGUACAACUGAUAAUAGACUAGAUGCAAUGGUUUCUUCCAAUAUGGUACCAAUGUAUAGAUCAUUCCGUGACAAUAUCUGGCGAUAUGUUCAAUCUAUGCUAUUACAAUAUGGACAGAGAUUUGAAACUGUACAGAUUACAUCAGGGCCGAUAUUUGAUUACAACUACGAUGGGCUUGCAGAUUCACCCAAUGACAUCGAAAGGCGAGUUGGCGAUGGACCUGUGCCGAUCCCAACACAUUAUUUCGUGAUAUCAACUAGAUGUGCAGGUACUCUUGAUGCCAAUAACCAGUGCUCUGCAGAACUGAAAGUUCAGACAUUUAUAAUCCCACAUGCUCCGAGCAUAAGUAACUGCAUGGCAAAUGAUGAGUUCCUUGCAAACAAUAUUGCAAGAGUAAAAGAUGUCGAACUUCUCACUGGGCUGGAGUUCUUCCCAAAUAUGAAUCAAGAACAGGCCGUGAGGGUUCGCACCAGCCUACCAGAAGCACUAUGGUGAAUAUGAUGGAAUCGACGGAAACAAAAAACAACAAGGAGUCGAUAACGAUAACUACCUAUCAAAGUAAAUAAUUAAUCAAAUGUGACCUAUAAAUCGAAAGUAUCGACUUUGACCUGAAAUAUAUCGAAGAAAUAAUGAUGUUAUUGCUAAGUUAUUAUUUACAAAUCAAAGUUACUGUAAACAAUGUAAAAUACUGCAG